CAUUACAAAUAAUCAGUUGCACUUGAAUCAUCAAGCCAUUCGGACUUGUCUUUAAAUUCUGUGUCGUUUUAGUAAUAAAUUUCCAGUUUAUUUUAACUUCGUCAAGUAAUUCACAGCAGAUUUUCGGUUCGGUACGAAACAAAAAAACCGUUGCGCGCGACUAAUACUACACAGAAAGAGAGAAAAUACCUAAAGUAAUACAAAGUAUUUAAAUCGAUUUUCAUCUUUCUUGUUGCGGCCUGAUCUAUCAACACAGUGUGUUUAAACGAAAAAUAUUUACAGAAAAAGAAAAUUAAUUAAAAGAAAACAAAUUCAUAACAGUGUACACUAGUGUAGAAACUCUUGUUUGCACAAAAAAAAAUUAUAAUAAUCGUCAUCCAACGGAUUACCAAGCGAAAAUUAAAGAACAAGCAAACACUUACAACAAAAAAGGAGCAUUUUUUUGUUAAACCAACAACAAAACAUCAAAAAAACCGUUUUUAAAACCACACACACAAAAAACCAAAUUUAGCAAAAAUGGCUGACCAAUUAACAGAAGAACAAAUUGCUGAAUUCAAAGAGGCAUUCUCACUUUUCGACAAGGAUGGCGAUGGUACCAUCACAACAAAAGAAUUGGGCACAGUUAUGCGAUCACUAGGCCAAAAUCCAACAGAAGCUGAGCUGCAAGACAUGAUAAAUGAAGUCGAUGCCGACGGCAAUGGAACAAUUGAUUUUCCCGAAUUCUUAACGAUGAUGGCUCGUAAAAUGAAAGAUACGGAUAGCGAAGAAGAAAUCCGAGAAGCUUUCCGGGUGUUCGAUAAGGAUGGUAACGGUUUUAUUUCGGCUGCUGAAUUGCGUCACGUCAUGACGAAUUUGGGUGAAAAGUUAACAGACGAAGAAGUCGACGAAAUGAUCCGUGAGGCUGAUAUCGACGGUGACGGUCAAGUUAAUUACGAAGAGUUCGUGACCAUGAUGACAUCGAAGUGAGCUGCUUAUUUAUACUACCGCAUCAUCAUUGUCAUAUUUAAAGCCUUUGUAUUUGUUUAAGAUGUUUAUUAAGAAUGUGUAAUGGAAGAAGAGAGACUGUAGCUAUGCGUUCGCCUCCUCUAACAAAAUAAACAAAAAAGAGAAAAAAAAAAUGCAACAACAACAGAACAAACUAAAAUAUCCCAAGAAACAACAGAAAGCAAAUAAAUAAAUAAAAAAAAUUAAUUAGAAGCAAAAAACCAACCAAACUAAAUAACACUUACACUCAUUAACAGCAAAUUUAAAUAAAAUUAAAAUUAAAAGAGUUCAAAUAAAUACAAAGAAGAAAAAAAAAUCAAGCGAUUGAGAAAAGAUUAUUCUAUAUGAUUAAUUGAGAGAAGAAAAAAAAUGAAGAAAAAAACCAAGCAGCAGCAACAAGUAAACAAAGUAAUUGCAGCCUCCCCCUUCACAUACACAACAACAUAGACACAUACAUACCGAACAACAACAACAAAAAACAACUUUUUAAUUAAGAUUUAUAAGAGAGAAAUAUGAGAACAUUACUAUAUAUUCAUAAAUGAAUUAACCCAUUAACGAUCGCGUCAUGAUCAAUAACAGCAGCCGCAGCAGCAGCAGCAAUACCAUUCUGCCCAACAAUUUUGAAUUUUUUUUAUCUAAUUUCCAAACUGUUUUAAAUUUGCGUUAAAAAGCUUUCUUCUGAAAGACAUAGAACUAAACCAUGAAACGUUGAUUUUUUUGGGGAAAAUAAAAUGAUAACGUGUGGAAUAUUUUGCUCGGAUCGUUAAUGGGUUUAAUUAAUUAAAAUUACUUACUUUUCUUUAUUCUCCCUCUUUUACUCUAUACUCUCCCCCCAAAGAAAAAAAACUACACACGCAAUGAUAAAAAUGAAAAUGUUGAAAAAAAAAAAUUAAAUAAAUAAUAAAUAAAUUAAUUAAUUAAAACAACAAAAAAAAAACCAACAGGAGUUAGAUAAACAAGAAAAACACACAUUUAAAUUAAAAAAAAAACAACUACUAAAUAUAGUCCGAAAGCAUUUCGAAACCAAACUAAAAAAAAUGAGGAAACGAUGACAAAUGAGUUCAUUUUUAUUGUUAUUAUUACUUUUAUGAUUUUUUUCUUCUUCUUGAUUUGUGAAACAUUAUGUAAUUUUGAGUAACGAAAAGAGAAAAAGAAAAAAAAAUCCACAUACAAGAACGACGGCGACUUGACUUAAUACAGACAGAUACACACAUAGUCUACAGACCGUGGCGACAGAAAAAAAAACACAGUCGAGAUGCUUAAAUAGCGCAGACAUAGAAAAAGACAUGAAUUCCAAUAUUGUGCUGCGACAUUUAAAGCUAAACUCUGUUUUCUUUUGUGCGGCGUGAAAUUGUCCAGCAAAAUAAACAAAAUGAAAAAUAAUUUUCCUGGAAAGAGUAUUUCAUAUAAGUUAUGUAAAUGUGUGUUCUGUUCAGCAGAAAAGUGAAAAAUAGGGAAAAGAAACUUAAUGUCCAUCUCGAGCGACAUUCACAAGUUGGUUUUUACAUGGUUUUCAUUUUCUGGAAUUUCGAAUUUUCGUUUGUUGAUAAGCCGUGACGCUCUGUUGAUGAUCACGUUGGCGGUUUUCCGGCGGUCAAAUCGAAAUUGCGAAAUGCCAUCUUGUGAAUAUUGUCGCCGAUAAGUUUUCGCCCAAUUUUUUUUAAAUCGUUUUUAUUUUUCUUAUGAAAAUGAAACGCAUACUUUUCUGUUUACGUGUAUACUAAAUUGGAUUUCCUGAUUCUUAUACCAUUUUUUUCUCUUUCGUUUCUCUUUUUUGGUCUUUUUGUUUUGUCACAUUUUUUUCUACACACAAACAUCAAAUAAAUAUUUGAAUUUCGUAAUAA